ACGUAGGCUUCGAUGGUAAUCGAGUUGUAAUUGGUAGGUAUCGUUAUUGAAGACCAAAUUCCAUCUUCCCUUUUCAUUUUCCACGCUAAAGGCAAAAGAAACUGAGGGUUCCUCUUGAGACUUGGAGUGCAAAAGCGGCCAUGGAAUCGCAGCAGCAGAGAGCCGGAAGUCCACAGUCUCGGCCUCAGACACCUGCAUCUAGGCCUCAAGGCGGCGGUAGCGGAGAUUUCACAGCGAUUCUCACAGUCCUCUUAUCCUUCGUUGCCAUCUUCGUCAUGGUAGGGAUUCCGUCAUCAUCAACUCUUAAGAAUAGCUUGUCUGUUGUGCACCAAGUCCCAGAAGGCCAUGUUGGGGUAUACUGGAGAGGAGGUGCCCUUUUAAAGACGAUUACAGAUCCAGGUUUUCACUUGAAGAUGCCUUUGAUAACCCACUAUGAGCCUGUUCAAGUAACCCUUCAGACGGAUCAGGUGAGGGAUAUUCCUUGUGGUACUAAAGGUGGUGUCAUGAUCAACUUUGAAAAGAUAGAGGUUGUUAACCGGCUUCAUAAGGAUUUUGUUUAUGAAACGCUGCUGAACUAUGGAGUACAGUAUGACAACACAUGGAUAUAUGACAAGAUUCAUCAUGAGAUCAAUCAGUUCUGUAGUUCUCAUUCUCUUCAGCAAGUCUAUAUAGAUGUGUUUGAUCAAAUUGAUGAAAAGAUGAAAGAUGCUCUCCAGGGUGACUGCACACGCUAUGCUCCAGGUAUUGAAAUUAUCAGUGUGCGCGUUACAAAGCCAACUAUCCCGGACAGUAUUAGACGUAAUUUUCAACAGAUGGAAGAGGAACGCACCAAGGUCUUAAUUGCUAUUGAGAGGCAGAGAGUAGUUGAGAAAGAGGCAGAGACAAAUAAGAAAAUGGCUAUCAGUGAAGCUGAGAAGAAUGCAAACGUUAGCAAGAUUGUUAUGGAACAGAAGUUGACGGAAAAGGAUAGUGCCAGGAGGCAGCAAGAAAUCGAUAAUCAAAUGUACAUGGCUCGGGAAAGGAGUCUGGCAGAUGCAGAUUUCUACCGUGUGAUGAAGGAAGCUGAAGCAAACGAGUUGAAGCUUACUCCGCAAUUUCUGGAGCUUAAAUUCAUCGAGGCCAUAGCUGAUAAUACAAAAAUCUUCUUUGGGGAAAAGGUACCUAAUAUGGUUUUGGAUCAGAGGCUGCUCGGGAACUUCCUGCAACAGGUGUCUAGAAAUGUGUCAAGGGAGAUGUCCAACGACGAGUAGUCAGAAGGUAAGUUUUGGUUGAUCAGUCCGGUCAACAUGAUUGUAGUAUCGGUGCUGUCACAAACAGGUUACAUAGUAAGGAAAGGAAACGGAAAACAUCGGUUGAUAUUUUCAUAUAGAAGUUACUUAUCAAAAAAUAUUUUCAUAUAGAAGUUGUUUCAGGUAAAAUUCCUUUUGGGUGAUCUCUUAAUAUCUAGGUAUUAUAUGUUGUCACUCCUGAUGGAAUGAAGAAUCAUACCCGAUCUCUGAUUGAUCUUGAAUCUUUUGGCCCCAGAUACUAUUGGCAACUAGCAUGUAUUCAGUGAAUUCAACGUGUGUUGACACGCUUUGGAUUCCAGGGUUUACGUACUUCAUAAAACUUCUAUAUGUUGGAGGUACAUUUGAGGUUUGUUCAUGAAAUUUUGUGAGCA